AGCGGCCAGGCUCGCUCCCUUUAUUCCUCUACUCCCAGCUCUCUAAGCCCACAGCCAGAGGGCUGAUCUUGGUCCAAAGCGGCCACCGUAUCGCAUGUCCGCUGAUAUCGAUAAAGGUUCUAGGUUGGUGGGGUGGGGCUAACAGUGAGGGGGAGGGGCCUGAAGACGAAAAUGGGUGAGGAUUGGACCGAGCGGAGUUUAAGUCCGAACUCUGGACGGAGACUAGAGGCAGCUUAAAGAGGCGGAGCCUAGUGAAGGAGCGGGGCGGAGAUUGGGCUGAGGGCGGUGUCGGCCUGAGGAUUGGGCCCCGCUCUCCGGGGCGGUGCUUGAGGGGGCGGUGCCGUGUCGGAAGUCAAAGGGAGGACGUGGGAUGGUGGCGGAGCUGGCUGCAGCAGAGCUACCAGGCAGUCAAGGAGAAGUCCUCUGAAGCCUUGGAGUUCAUGAAGCGGGACCUGACCGAGUUCACCCAGGUGGUGCAGCAUGACACGGCCUGCACCAUUGCAGCCACUGCCAGCGUGGUCAAGGAGAAGCUGGCCACCGAAGGCUCCUCGGGAGCAACAGAGAAAAUGAAGAAAGGGCUGUCUGACUUCCUAGGAGUGAUCUCCGACACUUUUGCUCCCUCACCAGACAAAACCAUUGACUGUGAUGUCAUCACCCUGAUGGGCACACCAUCUGGCACAGCUGAGCCCUAUGAUGGCACCAAGGCUCGUCUAUAUAGUCUGCAGUCAGACCCAGCAACCUACUGCAAUGAACCAGAUGGGCCCCCGGAAUUGUUUGACGCCUGGCUUUCCCAGUUCUGCUUGGAGGAGAAGAAGGGGGAGAUCUCAGAGCUCCUUGUGGGCAGCCCUUCCAUCAGGGCCCUCUACACCAAGAUGGUGCCCGCGGCUGUUUCCCACUCAGAAUUCUGGCAUCGGUAUUUCUAUAAAGUCUAUCAACUGGAACAGGAGCAGGCCCGGAGGGAUGCCCUGAAGCAGCGGGCAGAACAGAACAUCUCUGAAGAGCCUGACUGGGAAGAGGAAGAAGAGGAGCUUGUGGGAAGUUCGCCCACAUCUCCAAAAGAGGUAAAGGUUCCUGUGGCCAGAACUUCCACAUCCCUUGAAGGAGGACCUGGCCCUCAGAGCCCCUGUGAAGAGAAUCUGGUGACCCCCACUGAGCCUCCAACAGAGGUGACUCCAUCGGAGAGCAGUGAGAGCAUCUCCCUCGUGACACAGAUUGCCAAACCUGCCCCUGCAUCUGAGGCAGCCGUGAUGCCCAAGGACCUGUCCCAAAAGCUUCUAGAGGCAUCUUUGGAGGAACAGGGCCUGGCUGUGGAUGUGGGUGAGACUGGACCCCCGCCCCUUGCUCAGUCCAAGCCCAACACCCCUGCUGGCCGCCCAAGUGGCCCAGAGCCCAGACCUCCAGCCAGAGUAGAGACUCUGAGAGAGGAGGUACUCACAGACUUACGGGUAUUUGAGCUGAACUCGGACAGUGGGAAGUCUACACCUUCCAACAAUGGAAAAAAAGGCUCAAGCACAGACAUCAGCGAGGACUGGGAGAAGGACUUUGACUUGGACAUGACUGAGGAAGAAGUGCAGAUGGCACUUUCCAAAGUGGACGCCUCUGGGGAGCUGGAAGACGUAGAGUGGGAGGACUGGGAAUGAGGGGAGCCAGAGCACGCAGCUCCCCCGCCACAGCACCUCCCACCUCCCUCGCACGUCUCAGCCUGGCCCUGGAAGACACUGACUAAGACUGUCCCCUAAAUGGCCUCUAUCAGCCAGAGCUCUGGGGAAAUUCUGGGUUGCUCCUUGUUGGCCCUUUAGGCCUCUCCGCACAUCUGGGAAGGGGCUCGAUAAAUCCAAAUCAGGAACUCUGACUUGUGCUAACCCUAGGAUGACCCGAGGGGGAGGAGACCUACCCCCACCGGAAGAGCUUACAUUUUUCUGCUGAAUGCCCUCUGUUCCUGGGUACGCUUGCUAGGAAGUCCCAAGGGAUAGCCCUAGCCCAUCUACCUGUGUAGACAGAGGCUAAACCACCAAUCUCUUGGAGGACGCCGAGACAACACACUCUCACCUACAAGCAGGCAGGGAAGGCCGUGCCACCUGCCUUUGGCUAGACAGGGAUGCGAACACAUUUCAGUUCCUAUCCCAGCGGGUAAGAGGCAUUCGCUUCUGGGACAUUUGCCUCUCUUAGGAAUCUCCCUCCCAGGCAUUUUCCAUUCCUGGAAAGGUUCCUUGUGGUUCAGAAUCUAGAGACCAAAUUUUGAGUUCCCGCCUCCCUCCUUUCACCCAGUCCAGGUUGGUAUGUCCCCAAUGCCUUUCCCAAGGCUUCUUCAUGUCAGAUGCACCCGAGUCCUUAGCCCAGCUGUGCCACCUGCAAGAGUCUGCUCUUGCUCCUCUUCCCCUCCCCAAGAAGGGAGGGGGCCACUUCAGGCCCUUCCAUGCGUUGACUGGCAGGAUACCUUGUCCAACCAGCUACCCACCUCGACUCCCCUGUAGCUUAGGACACAAGCCAGCUACCAGCGGUACAGAGCAGUGAUCAAAGCCGAGUACUUACAACUCUGGUAAGCCCAGCUUCUCCGCCGCAACCCUUCGGUUUCCUGAAGGGAUAUGUUGGGGGUGAACUUCUUGAGACUCUCAUCAGGCUUCUGCAAAAGCUCUUCUUCCUGAAGGCAGAUCCAGUCUUUGUGGCUCUCACCCUCCACACUGGUAAAGCUGCGCCUCUCUUGGGGGAAUGAGGGGCUGCAGGAAUCCCUGGAGCCCCUGGUGCUUCAUGAUGCUGCUCUGGUGAUUCUUGUACAUAAUCUGGUGUGUUCACCAAUGAUUUAAAGGGAUCGUGGUCAGGGACGCCAAGAGAGUGGUGGUCACUUCCACUUCAGACCUUCCGUGAGGGGGUGGGAUGGAGAGAAUGCUUAAUCUUUUUUUUUUUUGAUGGGAUGGGGUUUUCUCUUUGUAAUUAUUUCUUUAGUUUAAUUAACCUUUUGGUUGUUUGUGCAAUAUUAUAUAUUUUAAAUUAUAAUGCAUCUCCCCAGAGUAUUUUCUAGCUGGGAAAAGAAAAAAGGAAAAAAAAAGAUUCUAACAGCUGUUAGUUUUGUAAUUAAAAAAGAAAGAAAAAAGAACUUUUUCCUGAACCUUUUCCAGAUUUGCCGUUAACAGCAUUAAAGAGAUUCAACAGAAGCUGGAAAGUGUCUGGGGGUCUGUUCUUGUCCCCACAGCAACUGCCUAGAGCCAGAGCAGGGUGGCUUCCUACUUAGAGCCUGGGGGAGGGUUGUGGUGGGAGGUAGCCUGGGUCCUGAGGAAGUCCCUUGUCCUCAUCCCAGACUCGGCUCGGCCUUUGGGAUGAGGAAGGGCCAAGCCCCCAGCAGGCCUCUCACCAAGACAAGGAGUCAAGAGGCUGUUCUGCAUUCCCAACGCUUCUGCUUUUAUUUGGAAAGGAAGUUGCAACAACAGUUUUUUCAGUUGCUCUUGGUCAUUUUUCUCCUGUCCUCCCCCUGUACGUGUAUGAUUCUGGGGACUGUUUUUAAUUAACUUUAGUUAAACACCGGUAUGAAAAUCACUUGUCAGCCGUAAUAAAAGGGAAGUCUGAAUGAGGCCCUCUCGUUCCAUGAAGAUCUUUAAAGGGAAAGAGAAGUAAGGCUGGGGAGGGUAUAGGUAAGAUUUAGGAUAAGUAAACUUAAAGUGUAAAAUAUAUAUCAACAUUUUAGAAGCGGGUUUUUGGGUUUGCUUUCUCCCCCUGCUUUAUUGGGGAGGACUUGCCAUUGCUUUUAUCAAGUGCUUGCUAGCCAUGGAUGCCAACUAACUUCUUCAAUUGAAGGCCGGAGGGUCAUGUCUGGUUCCAGGAGCCGCUUCAGCAAGUCCUGGCAUUCGGCUGAGAUGCCCAGAUGAGUGGGGAAGGACACCCCUUUCUGCUGCUGCCACAGCAUCUUGGGGAUGUCUGUGUCAUCAAAAGGUAGGCUGGCACAGAGCAUGACGUACAGGACCACGCCCAUGCUCCAGAUGUCCCCUUUCUUGCUAUCGUGGGGAAUACCCUGCAGUACCUCGGGGGCGGCAUAGGCUGUGCUGCCGCAGAAGGUCUGGCUCAGCUCCCGGCAUGACUUGGGCAACACCUUGGCGAAGCCAAAGUCUGUCAGCUUCAGGUUGAAACCCUGCAACAAGGCGUUCUCGCAUUUGAGGUCCCGGUGGGCCACACCACAGCCAUGGCAGUAGCGGAUGGCCUCGACCAUCUGACGGAAGAGGGCCCUGGCCCGGCUUUCAGGCAGUGGCCCUCCAUUCAGCACGCAGUCAAAGACAUCCCCUCCUUCAGCCAGCUCCAUUACCAGGUAGAUUUUCCCGUCAGCAGACUCCAGCAUCUCAUACACUUGAAUGAUGUUCUUGUGGUCCAGGGUACGGACAAUCUGGAGCUCCCGAGGCAGGAAUCUCUGGAUAAACUCUAAGGACACAAGGGAAAAGAGAAGGAGUGUCAAGUCCAGAAGGGCCUAGAACUCCUCUCCUGACUCCUGCCUUCCAGCUCUGGCCCACCAUGUCUGGGUCUUGUGCCUUGGUUCCCUUGCACAGCCUUUAACAUCCAGCUAUUUGGACACUGCAAAGAAUGUUCACCCCUGUUGUUUUUGUAGCUAAUAUAUUAUUCAGAGGAACUGUUCCCUGUCAGCCUCAGGGACCGUUGUGAGCAGCCUGUGAGACCGUGGAUAUCAAAAUGCUUUGGAGACUUUUUAGACAAAGCUGUUGAAUCUUUUGUGAGGCCUGAUUGCCCACAGCGUGGUGAGCCAGCUCCUCUCACCUCUGACUCCUGAGUCACAGUUCUUUCCAUAAGCCCUGUCUUUUCCCAGUCUCUACCUUCCUUGGCCCCACUCCUGCCCUCUGCUAGUCCUGGCCACAGCCUUCCAGUCUCUUCCCGUCCUGGAAUAGGAAAGCCCUGGUGGGCUUGGAUUCUGUUUCUGAGGAUCCUUCUACCUCCUGCAGAUUUAAUCUUGGACUUUGGAGGGUGUGAUUGUCCUUGACACCCAGCAUUCCUCUGUUCCCCACUGACCUACCCCAGAGCCACACUCCCUUGCUUUCCUUGGUUUCAGAUCAAAGAGAAGGAGGAAAUGGUCCUUCUGACUGGAGGAAGCGCCCACCCACUUCAGCCAGCCCUCCCUUCCUCCAAAGGGCCCCCAGCUCACCUUCUGGCCCUCCCAUCUUGUCUAUAAUUUUAAUUGCCACUUUUCUUUGGUGUUUUUUGGAAACUGCUUCCUUGACUUUUGAGUAGGUCCCUUCCCCAAUGGUCUUGCCCAGCUGGUACCCAUUGGAGAGCAGAAAGUCCUCCAUGCUGUCUAACACCUCCUUCCUUCCUAUUACCCUCUCAGCUCAUGCUGCCUCUGCGAGGCAGCUCUACUCCACCAUCGCCCUUGGCCCGCUCCUUUUCCCCCCAAGGACUUCAUCCGCAGCCGCCCCCAGGGCUAAAGCAUUCUCCGUCUGGAGACAGCAGCCGCAGGUGGUGGGGAGGGAGAGGGCCAGACAUUUUAAAACUCUGGCCUAAUUGUGAUGUAAAUGAUGUGUGACUCUUGGCCAAAAUGAGCAAUGCUCCUAUCUGCCCUCACCACCACCACCACCAAACCCUGUCCGGGUUCAGUCACUGCUGCGCCCCGACCCCGCGCCAGGCAGUGAGUCGCUCGCGGCCCCGCCUGUGGGGGGCGCUCCAGGGGUCUGCGCGCAGCCCAGGAUGCCAGGCUCCUUUCGGCGGACGCCGCCUCCUGUGCCCCCAUAGGGCAGCUCGGGGUCUGUGCGACCCAUGGCAUGAGCCCUCCAGCUCUUGGCUCGCCACCCCGCUAAGUGCCCGGGCAGCGUGAGGUUCCCUGGCCGGAGGAACGGGUUCUAUGAGGUCACCGCGCCUCGGCCCGGGUCACAAUGCAGCCUUCCCCUUCGACGCCCGGGAACGGACGCGCAGCAGACACCUGCCCGGAUCCGCCUGGACCGGAGCGUCCUCCCGUGGCCAGGGCUCGGGCAGCUGCUUCCGGCCUGGGACCGGUCUCGGCCUCCGGCAGGUGAGCAACAGCCCAAGGGGCGGGCGCCGGGUGGGGGAGCCCAGCUGCCCGGUAGCGGCCUGACCGCUACUCCCCGCGCAGAGCGCCCCGGGGCCUGGACAUGAGUGCCCAGGAGCCCCCUCAGGGUCGAAGAUUCCCCAUUGAGGCUGGAGACUCCCCCGGCCUUGCCGCCGCCCCUGAGUCCCAGGACAGCCCGGAGCCUGUAGCUACGGAGCACAACCCGGUCAGGCCGCUUCGACGCUGCCCCGGUUGCCACUGCCUGACGCUGCUGCACGUGCCCAUCGACGUCUACCUGGCCAUGGGCGGGAGCCCCCGGGCCCGCGCCACCUGAGUGCGCCUGCGCACGACGGCUCGGCGGGAGCCGGGCGGGGACAAGGCCCGCCGCGGGCCACCACGCUGAGGUCGCGCGCGCCGAGCACGAGACAGUGAUGCACAUUUUUAAAUAAAAGAAUGAUGCACAUUUUAA